AUGAAAUAUACAGAACAAUCAAAGAUUGCAAAAAUAGGAGGAAUAAGUGGUAGAAUGGUAAAAAAUAAUGAUAGCUCGUCGGUCGCUUUGGCUUUAAUUAAUGUUAAUAAUGAAUUGCAAAAACUUGAAACAAAAGAUAAGAACAAGACAAAAUAUAGUGAUGAGUUGUUGAAUAAGAUAAAGAAGAUAUAUGACGAUUUGAUUAAGAUGCUUCACAAAUAUCCUCAGUUUCCUUCGGAGGUAAUAGAUCACCAGGAUUUGAAUUUGUUCUAUCCAUUGAUGAAAUUAAUCUCAAUAAACCUAGCACGAGGACAGGAUGUUAAUGACUUGACAGACAAAUUUGGAAUGCUAAUCUGGCACCACUUGAACCAUCCUGUACUUUUUAGAAACUUGAUGAAGCUAUUGGGAUCUCGAGACACCAUAAUGAAACAAUUCUGUGAACUUAUUUUGGAAAUAGUUCCAAAGAUACAAAAGGACGAUUUUCUGUAUGCCUAUUGGUAUACCAGGAAAGUCACAGACGGUCCUUCGGAAGAUGUGAGAGACGAAUGGUACGCAAUUUCAAUGGGGUUCGUCAAAUUGAUUACAGAAAAUAUUGAAGAAUGGUACAAUGUGUUCUUAGAAUUAGAGUGUAUGUGUAAGAUAUCUUCAUUUACAAAAGACGAUAAUAAGAAAUUGACUGAUCUUUUGGUGUUAUUAAUAGAAGGGUUUGGGGCUCCAUCAAAAAAGGAGUUAUUAGCUUUAAUGAUUUCUACAAUGGGACUUGUAGAAAAUUUAGAAUCGCUUUCACAGCAGGAGAUUUCUAGUAUUAACAAGAGAUGCAUUUCCAAAGUGGUUGAAACAGUCCGAAAUACUCUAAUAUGGAAUGAUCCGUGUCUCAUUUCUACUAAGAAGGUCAUGUCUGCUCUUUCCAAAACGAGUAGUAUCUCAAUUAAGCUAGACCCGAAGCACUCGAUUCUAUUUAUAUUAGAGAUCCUUGAUCAUGGUAAUGACUUCAAUUAUUUGCAUACGUACAAUUUGCUCUCGUAUCUCACAAUGUCUUUGAGAAAUUUGAAUAACUUACUUUUGUAUGGUAAACAGAAUUUAUACCUGCACUAUAAUCAGCUUAAUUCAAAGAUAUCAUUGACUGCUCUCUUAGCUAACUUGAAUUAUAUUAUUUCUUCGUCAUUAUUGAGUAUUUAUUCUGAUAAUGAAGAAAUUCCUGAUAUCAUUUCAGACAACUUCAAUCAAACAAGAUUACCACCUUUGCCAAAAUCUGAUUAUUUUUUUGACAAUUUUAAUUAUAAAGAUGCAUUUGAUAAUGAUUUAAGUUUAACUAAUAAUAGUGGUAAUACUAUCAGACUAAUGCACUGUCAAUCAAUAAAUUUGAACCUAUUGCUGCAAAUACUUCAAGAUGAGCUUUACGCGAUCUCAAUGAUGAAUACAUACUCAGCCGACCAGGUUAAUCUGAAAUUAAUUUUUCGAUUGAUAGAUUUGAUGUUCUCGUCAUUGUUCCCAUCCUUGGUAUUUCUACAAAAAUAUGGUGAUCAUGACAGAUUAGAUACAAAAUCAAAUCAAGAAACAAUUUUCAACAUAUACCACAAGCUAAUUUCAGCUGACCUUAGAUUUACACAGAAUUCUUUGAUGUGGGUAUGCUUAAUCAACUUUGCUAGUGAUAUCUGUUACUUUGACUUGAACUAUGUCCCAAUAUUCGAGUCACUAUUCAAAUUUUUGGUUAACAAAACAUCAUCAAAUACUGUAUUGGAAGAUGAGCUAGUCAAGAGUGCGUUUAAGUUUUUCUUCGCUACAUUUAGCAAUGAAGACAUUGUUGAUGGGAUUAGUGGGUCAGCUUCUAAGAUCGAGAUGCCAACAAACUCCAAUUUAGUCACUGUCGAAAUUUCCUAUGAUGAAUAUAAAUUUAUGUAUCCGUAUCCCCAACAAAAUCCAAUCAACUCUAACCCAGAUGGAUUACGAAUGGAUUGUUUGACAACAAAUGAUCCGUAUGUGAAUGUUUCUCAUACUUAUCUGCAUAUGCAAGAUCAAGCUGAGAAUAAAAAACCCUACAAUAAUACCAAUAACAAUGAUCUGUUAUUUAUAUUUGAACCAGAAAUUGCAAAUGCAUCAACCCCACUAAAGUCAAACUAUGUCACUAAUUUUGCAAGACAACAAAGUAUUCAUGUUGAUCAAUAUGGUAGGGUUUAA